GCUGCUCACAGGACAGGCCAUCAUCGCCAUUCACUCUCGAGAUCGGAAUCGGAGACCUUCUUCUGGGUAUGCGUGUGUACCGUCGUCGACAAAGCAUCCGCGGAAUCAUCUAAAAAGUAGUGUAGUGCUAAAAAAACGCGAUCCAUCGCCGUCGUCGGUGUGUAAAUAUAUAUACAUUUUCGUCCGACCAUUACGUGAUAGGUGGAAGUGAAGAAAAUUUGCUCUGGUGCAGCGUCCGUGGCUGCCAUUUAGGUCCUGCUGAAAAGAGGCAGCGGAAACAUUUUCUUGUAUUGUUCUGGAAGGUUGCUAUCAGGAGACGGAGGAGGAGUACCAGAGUAUUCGGCCUGGCAGUGUCCAAUCAGGCGAGAAAGCACCCCCGAUCAGAUCGUUUGCAACAACUAGCACGUUCUGGGGAAUCCCAGUUUCGUUCAUUUGGUGGCUUGCUAGCUAGGCAGAAUUCGGUUUUAAGUGGAGUUUCAGGAUUUACUUCGGAUUUCUCGAAUUCCUUCAUUGAUUGUUCCUGAUAUACAUAAAUGCUACUAGCGUAAAACGGCCCUUUACGAACCUCCCGUGUGAAACAGUGCAAACUACCGUGGGAAUCUCCUGCUACCCGGGGCAUUCCGAACUCAUCAUCGACACUGAAAUCGACCAGAACCGGUGUGUGACCAAGCCUCCCUCUGCAGAGCACUCCGCCAGUUGCCAGUGUAUGUCAUGAAUCCAGACGAAUAUGAAUCGCUGCCGACGACCAGUGUAGCCACCAACAUGACGGCCGGUGCGAUCGCCGGCGUCAUGGAGCAUUGCGUGAUGUAUCCGCUGGACUCGGUCAAGACCCGGAUGCAGUCGCUCACGCACAUGCACGCCAACGGUACAAUCGCUUCGACGAUGCGCGACAUGGUCCGAACGGAGGGCCUGUUGCGACCGUUCCGCGGUGUGAUGGCCGUCGUUGCCGGGGCGGGCCCCGCACACGCCCUCUACUUCGGAGCGUACGAAUACUCGAAGGAGACGAUCGGGCGCUUCUCGGAUCGAGAUCAAAUCAACUACAUGGUGUCGGCCGCGUUAGCCACCCUCGUGCACGAUGCCAUCUCCAAUCCGGCCGACGUCGUCAAGCAGAGGCUUCAGAUGUACAACUCACCCUACAGAUCGAUCCUGCACUGUGCCCGCCAUGUCUACCUGACCGAAGGCAUGCGAGCUUUCUACCGAUCCUACUCGACGCAGCUGGUGAUGAACAUCCCGUACUCGGCCAUCCAGUUCCCGACGUACGAAUUCUUCCAGAAGCUGUUCAACAAAGACAACAAGUAUAACCCUCCGGUACAUAUGCUGGCGGGUGGUGCUGCGGGAGCGGCUGCAUCAGCCCUCACCACACCGCUCGAUGUGUGCAAGACGCUGCUGAACACGCAAGAAGAUGGUGCCGGUAAGACCACCGGCCUCAUACAGGCGGCCAAGAAGAUCUACCAUACGGCAGGCUUCAUGGGCUUCUUCAGGGGAUUACAGGCUCGGGUGCUGUACCAAAUGCCCGCUACCGCCAUCUGUUGGUCUACAUAUGAAUUCUUCAAAUACAUCCUCACGGAAGGCACUCGAGGAACGGUGUGGAGUAGCAGCAGCAGCAGUUCCUCGACGGAUAUGGUGGUAGACAAGACGAAGGACGACAAAAAGCAACUGUCCGAUCUGCGAUACGUGCUGCCCGUCAGUGCGGCAUCGGCCGAAGCUUCGACCAGCACUCUGAUAGUGCGCAGUGGGGCCAGCAGCACGUCCGGUGGCGAACGGGACAGUGGCCGCCGCGAACUGCCGGCCAUGUCCGGGGCCGGAAUCUACGGAGCAAUGAGCUACAACACGAUGCACUCGAAUGAUGCAAACAUCACCGAUCAUCACCAUCCGCUGCGGAGGUCCAACUAGAUCCGGGAUGUAUCACAAGUUGACCUUGGUUGGUUCUAGCGAUACAAAGAGGGAGGACCGCUAGCCCGUUCUUGGACGGACGGAACGAACCAUCAAUGGAUGAUGAUGAUAAUGAUAAUAAUAAUUGUUAUUAGUUAUGUAAAUAGAAGCUAUCGCUCCACAGGCCCUGGACCGCGUUUGUGUGUGUAUGGACAGUUGAAUAACAGACAACAGAAAACAACAUAAGAUCAGGGAUUAAACGCGGAACGGACCGAUGAGGUUCAGUGAGUGCGAUUUAGGUGUCGCCGUCUCAGCGUCCAACCGACGCUGCUGCCACUUGUAAAUUUUUAGUCGUAUAGGUUCGCACACUACCCCCUCUCCCUUCCAUCCACAUCCUCCCUUUUCCAGUUCCUUGCUUCCUCUCCGUCUUUUUCGAAUAUCAUAUAAGUGUGAGCAACAAUCACCUAAUGUUUGUAUUGUUCAUCGUUUGGCGAAGUAUUUUGGAAGUCAAUUAGUACGAUAAGUUCGACAAAUGGAGAUCCAUUUUGAGGAAAACCGAUAAUCAUUGGUACAUUUUUUAGCAUAAGAACCCCGAAACAAACAAAAAAUGUCCCCAUCCCAUUCGUUGUACGAAAUCCCUUUGGACCUUGGAAGUUCCUUCAGUGUAAACCGUUUCUUCGAAUUUCGAACGAUUGUUGCCACCAACAUCAAAUUUCAUAAGUACUCUGCGUUGUCCUAUCUGCCGUAUUUGGUGUAGCACACUAGUGGUUUUGCACACGUGUAACCUCGUUACCGAUGGCUACGGUGAUACAAACGGUUACGAUUAUUUGAAGCACCCUUUUGAUAUAUAUUAUAAGGAGACGUGCACCUUUUCCCCCCAGUUAUCGAAGGUUCCAAACGUCAAAUUACAAUCAAACAAAACACACAAACACCCAUCAUACUUUGUAGAGAACAUGUUUGUCGCUGGCGAAAAAAAAAGCAAAAAUCAAAACCGUUUUCAAAACUUUCUGUUCGCUUCUAAUUCGAAAGCUGGAAUGUUACAGAAAGAAAAACAAACACUUAGUAAAAUGGAAAAUCUAGAAACAAAAACGAAACAGAGACAAACGUUUGCGGUAUAAGCAGCGGAUAUGUUAGCAAAAAAAAAAUAAAGAAAAAGAAAACACCUAUAUUAUACACCUCUAUACUAUAUAUUUUUUACUUUUGGAUCGGUACUAAGUAUCGUCUGAUGGUGAGAUGCCAUAGAAUGCUUGAUACCAAAGGAUCAAGAUGAUUAUUAUUGAAUCUAGCGUAAUUAUUAACGAAAGACAACUAACAACAACAAAACAAA